AUGGAGGGCCCUAUCCAUAGCAGUGCCAUUGCAAAAAUGACUGGAAAGCAAUUCGAAUCUAAUGACGAAUAUGUUCUCGAACAUGUUCAUGCACUUGCAUUUCUCCAAAGUCUGGAUAUUUGGGUUUUAGAAGCUCUCGAAUCGCUAGUCCCCGACACCAAAUUACAACUAGUUGUUGCCGUUGCUAAACUGUUUGUCAAAGGGGCCAGUGGAAUUUCUGCUAUUAUGGCUGAAAGGGAUGCUGCAAAUGCUGCGUACGACGACACGCCACUUGUACUACCGCAUCAACUACUGAGCAUUGGUAUGCCUGAAUUUGCACAAAUGAUAAAACAGCACACUCCCCGGCUCAGCAAGACUCUUGAUGCAACAGAAAUACACCAGAUUUCUAAGGAGUUUGUCAAACUGCAGCGAUGCUGCGAGCGGGAAGAUGAACUCGGCAAAGUUAUCCGCGCUGCUGAUGACAACUACAAGCUUGGGCUGUUGUAG